AUGGCCGAAGAAGGGUUUCCCGAUAACGAAGUGACCCUCCACGAAGGGCACGACGAUGACGAGUGGAGCGGCAAGGACGUGGAUGAUGUCAUGGGGAGAAAGACAGCCUUAACCACUGAAAUAAACGCGUUGCGGUGCAAAGUCCCGGACUACCAGGCUCAAAUCGCCGAAGAGGACUAUCAAAUGGAGCAAUUGGAGCAAGAGCUCAGUGAGAUCAUGCUGAUGAUUGGUCCUAUGGAAAAGGCGAGAGAUGAUGAGCUUGAGAAACUUCUGAGCCAGAUGGCCCUGAUCACCACUGAGAUUGAAGCUGAACAUAAUGAAAAAAUCAACAAGCUCAUGGAAGAUACCGAAAAGCAGUCCCAGGCCAUGUUUGCCGCUUCCGCUGCUCGCGACACCGAAAUCAAAGAGCAGUUGGAACGAGAAAUCAGGGAACUAGAGGAUGAGCUCAAGGCACUUCCUCAACAACAGAAAACUCGUAUCGACGAAGUGCGGCGUGUUAAACAAGAACGCCGCCGACUGGGGAUAAACUUACUUGCUCAAGAGUUAGCUACUCUCGAUAGCAAGAUCGCUAAUGCCGAUAAAUCAAUCAAGCAAAAUGAAACUAAAUACAAGCGCAUGCUGGCGAAGAUCAUGAUGGCCGAAGAUGAGGUGCUCAACCUUGAAGAGCUGCUACUCGCUGUUCAACGGGAACAUGAGGCCCAACAACUGGAGCUUACCCAAAUGAGGGAAGGUUUGAAAGAGAAGAAACAAUAUAUCAGUGAUACGAAAACCAAAAUAUCCGAUACUGGUAACCAGAUUGACUCCUUGGAACUGGAAAUUAUCAAAUUAAACGAGCUCUUGAUGGCGCUGGAACUGAAGCGGCGUACCUUGCACAAUGAGCUUCAAGAACUCAAGGGCAACAUUCGCGUAUUUUGCCGCGUGCGUCCUCAAGACGGAAUUCAGUUCAAUUACAAUGUUCGUUCUGCAUUCGAAGAAGGCAGCGAAGUGUUAGCAAUUACUGACGGGGUUAAGAACAUGGAAUACCCAUUUGAUCGUGUGUUCAUGCCUGACGCACAAAACCUGGAGAUCUUUGAUGAAAUAUGGCAAUUGGUUCAACUGCUGAUGGACGGCUACAAUGUCUGCGUGUUUGCUUAUGGUCAGACGGGUCUGGGAAAGACAUAUACAAUGUCACAUGGUAGCGAUGGGAUGAUUCCUUUAUCAAUUCAACGAAUUUUCCAACACAUGGACGAGAUCUCUCCCCAGGGUUGGCAAUACAAGAUAUCAGGUCAGGUUCUCGAGAUCUACAAUGACAAUAUCAUCGAUUUAUUGGUGAAAAAUGAUACCGCCAAACACGAUAUCAAGCAUGACGACGUCAAUGGAGUCACCACUGUGACCAAUCUUACUACUAUGCCGAUAGCUCUGGAAGCCGAGGCUCGCAAACUUAUACAAUUGUCUAACCGUCACCGGCUGGUGGGGCUGACAAAGAUGAAUGAACGAUCGCUGCGCUCGCAUCUGGUAUUCAUGCUCCAUUUGGAUGGGGAGAAUUCCAAGACGGGCGAGCGGCUGAGGGGCACGCUAAACCUCGUUGAUUUGGCUGGGAGUGAACGGUUAAACCAGUCUCAGGCUCGUGGCGAGCGGUUGAAGGAAACACAAGCAAUCAAUAAGCUGUUGCUGUCGUUGGGACAAGUGAUCGGCGCUUUACAUCGUCCAGGAGGACAUGUUCCUUAUCGCAAUUGCAAACUUACUUAUUUGCUCAAGAAUAGUUUGGGCGGCAACUCCAAAACAUUGAUGUUUGUCAAUGUCUCCCCUCAAUUCGCCAACUUUGGCGAGCUGGCAAACUCGUUGCGAUUUGCAACCGAAGUUAACAGCACUAAGUUAGGGUCUCCCAAGAAGCGCGUGGCUAUAUAA